AUGUCAAAUCAUGUUCCUCUGCCCUCCAUGGACGGAGACUCCCACAAUACCCUCCAGCAACUUUCCGUUUCCUCCCUCCGAAAAAACCGAGCCCAGUUCACGCCCGUAGAAGUCAACCACGAACCCUAUGAAUACCAGAAGCUCGCACCUAGUAGCACCAGUUUCCGCCUCUUUUUCUUGUUCGGAGGCGUGGAGCAAGGCAGCACUGCGCCGAUUGUUGGGUCGCUGUUUGAAGCCGAUCUUGCGGAUCCGCCGACGUAUGAGUGCUUGACUUCUACGUGGGGAACGGGCGCGAAAAUCCAGAAGAUUUACGUGGAUGGAAGGGUGUUGUGUGUGACGGGGGAUUUGUUGGCGGCGCUGGGGCAUUUGAGGGGACGAGAGAGGGAUCUGGAUGAGAGGGGAAGCCAGGUAGCGCGGAUGGCGGAUAUAUAUUCGCAAUCGGCUUGUGAUGUCGUGUGGUUGGGCCCUUCGGAUGAUGCCAGCGCCUUUGCGUUCGGAUGGGUGCGGAGGAUGGCGAAGAAGGCAUGGGAUGCGGAACUGGAAUCGAGGAACAUGGUACAGGCGGGGAGGAAGCUGCGGCUGCCACUGGAGGCGAGGAACACCACGGACGCCGAAUGGCAGAAGCUGUUGGAGACGUUCAAGGACCGCCGAGUGUGGCUCAGAGUCUAG